AUGUCCUUCGCCAUGCUGCGCUCGGCGCCGCCCGGCCGCUACCUGUACCCCGAGGUGAGCCCGCUGUCGGAGGACGAGGACCGCGGCAGUGAGAGUUCGGGCUCCGACGAGAAGCCCUGCCGCGUGCACGCAGCGCGCUGCGGCCUCCAGGGCACCCGGAGGCGGGCCGGGGGCAGGCGGGCGGGGGGCGGCGCCCCGGGGCCCGGUGGGCGGCCGGGCCGAGAGCCCCGGCAGCGGCACACAGCGAACGCGCGCGAGCGGGACCGCACCAAUAGCGUGAACACGGCCUUCACGGCGCUGCGCACGCUCAUCCCCACGGAGCCGGCCGACCGCAAGCUCUCCAAGAUCGAGACGCUGCGCCUGGCCUCCAGCUACAUCUCGCACCUGGGCAACGUGCUGCUGGUGGGCGAGGCCUGCGGCGACGGGCAGCCGUGCCACUCGGGGCCUGCCUUCUUCCACGCGGCGCGCCCGGGCAGUCCCCCGCCGCCGCCCCCACCGCCCCCCACCCGCGACGGCGAGAACGCCCAGCCCAAACAGAUCUGUACCUUCUGCCUCAGCAACCAGAGAAAGUUGAGCAAGGACCGAGACAGAAAGACCACGAUUCGGAGUUAGAGGCGGACGCCGCUGGGCUAUCCACAGAGAGCCCCCGUGGACCUGACUCGGGCACAGGCCUCCUGUGGACGCCCAGCAAGCCAGCCCUGCCUCCGGCUACAGUGGGGCCGAUGGACAGACAAGUGUGCAGGACUCUGCACUGGCCCAACGGGCCCAGGCCCACCGGAACCUUCUGUGCUGGCUUCCUACCUGGGUUUUCUUCUGGUCACUGCGUGCUGGCAUCUUGUGUCUUUGAUAUGAUAAUAUAAAGUCUGGAAACUUUGUAUAAUUAAAAACAAAACAGUAUCGUCCAACCGUGGAAGCACACAGUUCUCUUGAACGGUUCAGAAUCCAGCCUGAGCCCAGCCCUCAUGGUGCUCUCUCCGAGCUCACUGCUCCCACCUUUGGUGCUCCCUGGGCCAGAGACACCAGUUCUCAGGGAAGGCCUCCACCCUCCAGGGGCUGGGCUACCCCUCCCAGGCCUGAGGCAGAGUGAGGCACCUCCUCCUGGCCUGGGGGCUGAAGGAGCCCGGUGAGGGACAGGAAAGGACAGAGGGAGCCCACUGCCAUGCAGCAGGGGACCGGCCAGUCCGGGGUCCUCUCCAAGGGCCUGCCUGGCACCCAGGCGUCCCUGAAGGGGUGAGGAGGGCAGAGCUCACAGCACGAUCAUGCCAAGCCUCGGGGCGUCAGCCUUUGCCCAGAGACCCAAGAAGCGGACGCCUGGGGGAGGUGGAGUGAGGGGCGCUGCCCGGCACAGCAGGUUUCCAAGCCUGGGUGGGCCUAAGGGUGCAAGCCAGAUGGCAGCCACCUGCAUUCACCCCUGGGCCCCCAAACAGGGCUAUGGGUCCCACCCCUGCUGGG